AUGGCAUUGCUGCGCGUAUCGCUCUUUGUGCUGAGCCUCCAGGCAGUUCAUGGCGCGCUGAAAGCUAACUUCACCAACAAUACGCGAGGGCUGGCUGAUGCGGAUGCUGCCCCAGCACAUGCCGGCUGUUUCGUGAAGAAGGGCAACGCCAUGCUGGCCGUUAAGCUGACCUACGACGGCAACAAGUUUGACAUCCCAGGUGGAUGCACGAACGGGCGGGAGCCUGCAAAGAGGACCGCAGAGAGGGAGACCUGGGAGGAAUCUGGCUAUCCUGUAGAAGUCAACGAGCUCCUCGCCACGGUCCGUGGAGGCUUUCGCAUCUACAGGUGCUCAGUGAAGCAGCAGGACCCGGGCAAGGGACCCGAUCAUGAGGUGUCCAGCGUGCAGUGGAUCAACCCUUGGGAGGUUGACAACUUCAUGCAGCAGCACAUGUGGAGAUACCAAGAUGAGCAGGCGUACCUGUAUGCUCAGUGGCUUCGUGAAGGCGCUGAGAACCAUGAGCAGAACCACGACGGCGGGCAUCGCAGGCUCAUCAUGGUGUGA